GACUGCUCAGACCACUUUUUGCAGCUUGGACAGGUAAAGAAGGUUUAGCCUGUGUGUCCAACAACUGCAGUUUUAAAUUAGAUUUCAGAUUAACAGGGAAGUUAAGAAUCAAGUUGGAUAUAUUGUUAUCAUGGCUAAGUGUUUCCAGGUGCUCUUUGUGAUUAUAAUUGCUGCGAUACAUGCACAUGCUCAGUCCUUCCACCUGGGCCGGUGUCCCACCCCUGAACUUCAAAAAGACUUUGACAUCAACAAGUACCUUGGGCAGUGGUAUGAGAUCGAGAAGCUUCCUGCUGUGUUUGAGAAAGGAACAUGCAACCAGGCCACAUACUCUUUACUGGAUGAUGGGACUGUCCAAGUCCGCAAUGCAGAGCUACUGGCUAAUGGGCAGAUUAACUCAAUAGAGGGUGUGGCCAAAGUCAAAGACCCAAUCCAACCUGCCAUACUGGAAGUUAAGUUCUUUAAAGGUGUGCCUGAUGCACCAUACUGGGUCCUCUCUACAGACUAUGUGAGCCAUGCGCUAGUCUACUCCUGCAUUGGGUACCUGGGUCUGUUUCAUAUAGACUUUGCCUGGGUCUUGGCUCGCCACAGGACACUGCCUGAUGAUGUCAUCAGCCGGCUCCAUGAUGCCUUGGCAGUGGCUGGAGUCAAUAUCAACCGCCUUACUUUUUCUAACCAGACAGGCUGCCAGGAUAUGUCUUGAGAAUACACACACACACACACACAUAUACACACACAUAUACACACACACAUUCAUGUAUCAUUAAAGUGACCAAUUAAAAAGUCAAAUUCAAUUUUAUUGUUCUGUGUAAUUGCAUUACUGUCUUUCACCAUCCCCUAUCUACCAUUAAAAAAAAGUAUGUAUUUAUAUGAAAAAGGAAUGUUCAAACUAGUAGCAUGCCUGUUGAUGACAAGAACGCACAUUACAUUGUUCAGUUGUGGGUUAUACAUCAUUUGUUUUUGUAAAAAGAAAAGUGACGUAAAUCAGGGUGAAAUCACCU